CUCGCGCCGAUGACGUCACCAGGCGCGCCUCCGCUCCGUCAGCGCUGAGUGCUGGCUCUCUUCCUCAUACAGUUCUAAAGUACGCGCGCUACAGCGGCGUUUGAGUCGCUCAUCCGUGGGUACACUGCUAUAUGUGUGCGUGUGUUCGAUGUGAGGAAUACUGAUGUCUUCGCGUGUGUUCGAUCUGACUGAUGAAUGAAUGAAUGCUGGAGUGCCGAAGAUCAUAAAGAGACACCGAGAACAUGAAUGGACCAGAACCCUGCUGGAUAAAGCAAGAAGUCAUCGAAGAACAAAUAGACCUGAUGGAAGAGAUCAAGGAGAUGGAAGAAGUGUUUGAAGCGGGGAAGAAACAUCAUGACAUGGAAACUGAUGAAACAUCCUUGGGUCCCUCGUGGGAAACAAGACCCAAGAUAUGUUUCAUUUGCCCUCAGUGUGGAGAGAUUUUCACAUGCGAAGAAAGUCUUAAUCUUCACAUAAAAUUUGAAAGUGGAAUGAAGCUGUACCCAUGUGAUCUGUGCGAGAAGACUUUCAGGCAAAAAGCAAACCUUGCCAGACACAAGAAAGUCCACACUGACGAGAAGCCACACACAUGUGAUCAGUGCGGGAAGAAGUUCAGAAAUAAAGGAAACCUUAAAGAACACAUGAAGAUCCACACCGGAGAGAUGCCGUACAUGUGUGAUCAGUGCGGGAGGAAAUUCAGACAUAAAGGAAACCUUAAUACACACAUGAGAAUGCACGAUGGAGAAAAGCCCUGGAGUAAAACCACUGGAGAAAAAACACACACAUGCACUCAGUGCGGAAAGAGAUUCAGACAAAAACACCUCCUUGAUCAACACAUGAGAAUCCACACUGGAGAGAAGCCGCACUCGUGUGAUCACUGCGGGAAGAGUUUCACACGAAAACAGCUACUGAAUAAUCACAUAAAGAUCCACACGGGAGAAAACCUGCACACCUGUGAACAGUGCGGGAAGAGUUUCAGGAAGUCAAGUGUUUUCAAAGUACAUCUGCUCCACCAUUCUAGAGAAAGGAUUUAUAACUGUGACCAGUGCACUAAAAGGUUUUUUAGGCCAGAUAACCUGAAGGACCACCUGAAAACUCAUUCAGAGGCGAGGCCUUACGUAUGUUCUUUGUGUGCAAAGAGCUUUAGACAUCUGAAUGGUUUGAAAAUACACCAGAAAAGACACAGCGGUGUGAAGGAUCAUACUUGCUCUGAGUGCGGAAAGACUUUUUUCACACUCUAUGUACUGAAACAGCACCAGGCAGUUCACACUGGAGAAAAACCUUACCAGUGUUCACACUGUGACAAGAGAUUCAGUAUUUUAGGAAACCUGAAAAGACAUAAGAGUGUCCACACUAGAUAGAAGCCCUGUCACUGCCAGUCCUGUGGGAAGAGUUUCACCCAAUUAUCUUCUCUACCCAGUCAUACGAAUAAGGCAUGUUCAGAUCUGGUACUUUCAGGUGCGAUGCUGCGUCCUCAAUGAACUAUCUGACGAUUCUUUGUAGCAACCUGCAUGUGUGUGUGUGUGUGCAUUGCUUCAGGAGAGCAACCCUACAUUUGCAUUGUUUUAUUUUCUAUCUUACAUAUUCAUGCAUUUAUUGUCAUUUUUGGUGUUUGUAUAUUUUGUAAUUAUUUUCCUUCCUCUGUUAUGAUCUUGUGGUUGAGUGGUUUCAAUGAAUAUAAGUUUAAGUAAGAGAGAAGAGAAUGUCUCCGUUGAAGGGGUCAUAUGAUGUUGCUAAAAAGAACAUUAUGUUGUGUAUUUGGUGUAAUGAAAUGUUUAUGCGGUUUAAGGUUCAAAACACACAUUAUUUUCCACAUACUGUACAUUAUUGUUUCU